UGGAUCAGGUGCACAGGACCGCGGGAACAGGAGCACAAACCCCGGUCUGUACCGAGUCGUUUGGUACACUCCCGGGAGCUCCGCGGCUGGGCAGAAAGACACCAGCGCCUCCUCCUCCGGCUGCGGGCCGCACCCUGCCCUGCUUCCUGGGGGGGUUUUCGCUCGGGUUUGCCGCUUGUAGCUUUUCUCUCCUUCCCCAGAAGAGCCGGAAAAGGGAAGCUUUGGGCGGUGCGUGGCUCCCUCGCCUCCCCUUCCGCCGCCUGCUCCGCCCCGGGCGCUGCGGAGCGGGGCUGGAGCGCAGUUUUCGGCAUGGCAGUGGACUGGCUCGGCUUUGGCUACGCCGCCCUGGUGGCAUCAGGAGGGAUCAUUGGCUAUGCAAAAGCAGGCAGUGUUCCAUCACUAGCUGCUGGCCUUUUCUUUGGGAGUUUGGCUGGACUGGGUGCUUAUCAAGUCUCACAGAAUCCAAAUAACAUUUGGGUAUCUCUGAUUACAUCUGGAGCACUGACUGCUGUCAUGGGAACAAGAUUUUACCACUCCAGAAAAUUCAUGCCUGCAGGGCUAAUUGCUGGUGUCAGUUUGCUAAUGGUUGGAAGAUUAGCACUGAAGAUGUUGGAAAAGCCCCAGGAAAAGUAACUGUUAAUUUUACACCUUAGUAUUUGGAAAAGGAAACCUGAUCAUGAAGUUGCAUGAAUGCAGAAGUGAGAAGAUGGAAAAAAUUUCUGCAUCAAGACAUUUUAAUUUUUUUUUUCUGUAAGGGGGCGUGGAAUGAUGGGACAGAAUGUUUAUAUACAAGGUAGAGCUGUUUGUGUAUAGAGAGAAAUGGGUCCUGGGUUUGAUUUUUCUGGACAUGUUUAAAUGUAUUUUAACACUUCCAUGUUUUUAUAUUCCAAAAUAUACUUCUGGCAUGUAUGAAGCAGACAGAAAAUAUCGUGUAAUUAAGAAAACAUCCACAAAGAGGUACCAGGAGUAACUGGCUAAAUACAAUAGUGUAUCUCAAGCCUUUUAUACUGAGUAUUACAGUGUUUUUACAUUUCUGAGCAUUACCUGUUGCGUUCUGAAUUUAUAUACCCUGUCUUUAUAAUGUCAAACAGAAAAUGCCUUUUUGAUGUGAAAUGAUGCUAAAAUGAUGCUUUUCUGUAAGUAAAAUCUGUUACAAAUCUG